AUGCGGUACAAUCCGGGGAGUUAUGUCAAUAUUGACUAUGAUGUGAGUAGUCAACAGUUUCGUUGUUUCUUUGUGUCAUUCGCUGCGUGUAUUUCUGGGUUCAAUUCUUGUCGGCCUUUAUUAUUCUUGGAUGGAACAUUCCUCAAAGGAAAGUACAAAGGUCAGCUACUGGCGGCAACGGCAAAAGAUGGAAACAAUGGUCUGUUUCCUGUUGCAUUUGCGGUUGUUGAUUCGGAGACCAUGGCGAAUUGGUCGUGGUUCUUGCAUGAACUUGGGAAGGUUGUUGAUGGUAACCGGCAGAUUACUUUUAAUUCGGAUCGUAAUCUUGGCCUGGAUUACCUAGUAAGUAGUUUAGGUGAUUGUGCUUAUGAGCCAACUGUGGUAGGGUUCCAUGAAAAGCUUGCAAAAUUAAAAGAGGAGGGUAAACAACGAGCACAUGAUUUUUUCAAGGACUUGGCACCUGAGCACUGGGCAAAUUCAUACUUCAGGGGCAUGCGUUAUGGGGAGAUGACUUCCAAUGCGGCGGAGUCAUUUAAUAACUGGAUUAAAGAAGCGCGUAAUCUUCCUAUCACUCAAAUGGUGGACACAAUUCGUACUCAGUUGAUGCGGUAA